GGUGUUACCAGCUAGAACGUUUUGCCCAGAGUUUAGACCGCAUUGCUGAUAUGGGAAUAGAUCGGAAAUUCUAAGCAAGGCAGAGAAACGAACUGAGCUUUAGUUGUUUAUUAUAAACAUUUGGAAAGCUAAACCCAUGAUUGGACUUAUCUACAAUAGUUUUAAGAUCGAUUGGAACAAAAAAGAUGAUAGGUCGACAUACAUGUACGUGGAAUAUUGUUUUCCUUGGAGCUGCCCUCGCCUUGAUUGAGACUUGUAAAGCAGGAUACCUCAGUGGCGAAAAGAAAGUUGAUGGUUCGGGGAAGAAUGUGCUUGUUUUUGGAGGAAAUGGAUUUAUGGGGGCAUCGACAGUACAAGGGUUAAUACAAGAUGGAUACUCGGUUACCAUAGUGAAUCGGGGAAAUUGGUAUUGGGAUUCUAGGUACAGAAUAAAGCCUCACGUCCACAGCAUCAUUUGUGACAGAAAGAAGCCAUUAAGAGGGUGCAAGGAGCUACUUGAUAAACUAGAAGGGUUGAAGUUACAUGCUGUUGUUGAUUUUAGCGCUUACGGACCGUACGAAGUUCAACAGGCUAUAUCUACACUCACGGCCAAAAAUGUUGGAAUGUACGUUUACAUCAGUUCAGAUUCUGUAUACGAAGUUUGUAUUAAGAAUCAUGAUGGUCCAUCAGUUGAGACUGACGCUGUUAGACCAACUGAUGAAGACAUUCGGGAAGAAAUGAGUUCAAAAGAUAGUUAUGGAAAUAGAAAAUUACAAGGCGAAGAGGUUUUGAGUGAGAGUGUACAACAGGGUGGCUUCCCGUACGUUGCUCUACGGCUCCCGGAUGUAGUUGGACCACGUGACAGUACGUAUCGCUGGUGGAUAUAUCAACUGUGGAUUCGCAUGAAUGACUAUGUUGAUAAAACAAUAUCACUGCCCCGAUAUCUCAACAAUUACCCUAUGAGUCUAGUCUAUGUGGAGGACGUUGCAAAGGUUAUCUUAAAUAUCAUUGCCUUGGAUGAAAGCAGAUUUGAAACUAUUAAAAAUGAAGCUUUUAAUCUCGCUCACCCUGAAACAUUAACUUUGAAUCAAUUAUUUGAUGGCAUCAGAGAAAGAACGAUUGACUCAAAGUUCAAUUACACAUUGGAUGAAUCAAACAAUGCAAUUUAUCUUUUCCCUUCGGUCAAAAAGGGACCAAUAAAUGUCACAAAAGCUGAGUUACAUUUGAAUUGGAACCCGACACCCUGGGAAACAGUUUUUAGUCAAACUGUUAAAUUUUACGAAGACGUUAUGAUCGAGCCGGGUUAUGGUCAACAAAGAACUGAAAUAAUUAAUAUCUUAGCCAGGGAAAUAAUAUACGAGAAUAGGUCAUUGUUUUAUAAGGGUAUUCAAGAACUCUACAAUCUUGACUUGGGUUUUCACGAUAUCAAAGAUGAACUAUGAGUUGCUUCACCUCUCAGGAGACCCCUUGGCUUAAUUGAACACCUAAUUAUAAGCUUUAUUUUCCAAUCAGCUCAUGCAAUCAAUUUAUAAUUUUGAUUCUAGGUUUUUCCAAUACAUCACUAUAAGAUAUCACGAUUCAUUGUUCAAACGUUUUGA